GUGGUUAAACGCAGGCAUACACAUGCAAGGUGGAGUACAACAUUUAAGAAGUGCAACUGUUGUAGUUUGUUGCUUAUCAUUUCUUUGAUUAAAAACGUUUUUUAUCAAGCCGUGAAAAUACCUGCAAGUGGACAACUAAUUUCUGUAAGAAUGCAAUAUGGCUGAACUUACUUGAACACCUAAAAAGCAAAAGCCAGAAGAAGCGGAAACAAUUGUGAAACGGUUCAUUUCAGACACAGAACUUGUCUCAGACCCAUAUGAGACAUGUCAACACCUACCAAGCAUGAGAGAACCGUUUGUGUUCUCCUCCCCAACAAAAGCCAGCUGGACGUCACUAUCGGGUUAAAGUCUACCGGACAGGAUGUUUUUAACAGUAUUGCGGAGCUUCUUGGAAUUAAAGAGAUGCACUUCUUUGGGCUCACAGUAGUCAGAGACAAUGAACACAUAUUUUUAGACAUGGAAGAGAAACUGGCCAAGUACUUUUCCAAGGAGUGGAGGCAAGAUUCAGGAAAGGGAACACUCAAGAGACAAAUCCCUUUACUGCUCUUCCUUAAAGUGCAAUUCUAUGUUGAAAAUGGAAGACUUUUUUGUGAGAGAAAGGCACGGCAUUUCUACUACUCUGACCUGCGGGAGCGGGUCCGGCGCUCUGAAUGUCGUCAGCAGGAGGAGGUGUACUUCCAACUGGCAGGUUACGCUCUGCAGGCUGACCUCGGUGACUGCCCGAUGCAGAGGGAGGGCAUGGAGGUCACCUCCUAUUUUGAACCUAAGGACUACUUUCCCCCCUGGAUCAUAGCUAAACGUGGGGUGAAGUACCUUCUCUGUCAUGGGCCCAAAGUGCACCAGGAGCUGUGGGGCAUGUCCACUCGUGAUGCCAUUUUCUCCUUCAUCAGAGACUCGUGCCAACUGGAGGAUGUCCCCGUCACAUUUUACAGGCUUCAAAAGGACAAAAAGGAGGAGAAAGGAACAGCACUGCUUGGUCUCACCCUGCGAGGAAUGCAGGUUUAUCAGGAAGUGAACAACAUACGACAGCUGCUGUACGACUUCCCUUGGUCAAAUGUCGGCCGUCUAACUUUCCUGGGGAAGAAAUUUGAGAUCCAGCCAGAUGGCUUGCCAUCAGCCAGGAAGCUGGUUUACUACACCGGCUCGUCGUUCCGUUCUCGACACCUCCUCUUGCAUCUGAGCAACAGCCACCAGGUCUACCUCAGCCUGCAGCCGGCCCUCAAACACCUGCGACAGGUGGAGGAAAGCAAAGAGAAGAAGCGCUACAGAGAGUCCUACAUCAGUGACGACCUGGAUAUGGAUCCGCCGGGCAGUGAGAGCAGCCCUGGUCUGUCUCGACGCUCCACUGGCAGCUCAGGCAUUGAAGCAGACGCCCGCCAGCACAGCAUCAGCACAGAGAUGACCUCCAUGGGGGAAGAGGUUCUACAACACAGGGAGAAAUGUUUGAGCUCAGCAACCAGCCAGGACAGCUCCUCCAUGUCUGAGUCUGACGUAGGCAGUAAAGGUCGAAGAGAAGAGCAACAAGAUGGAGCGAUCAAAACCAGUGUUUGUAGUCCAGAGGAGGCUCUUGUUGUUGAGCGGUGCGAAAUGUCCCAGCUGGCUGAUCUUCUUGAUGGAGUGUCUGUGGAUUUUGCGAGAUGCUCUGCAGAGACUCAAUCACCAGUAUACAAAAGGCAGCCUCAACAUGCUGAUCAAGAUACUUUGUUGCCUAUCCAGAAAAUGUCCAGACCGCAGAUUUUCCCCAGUCGCCACAGCCUACAUGAUGUCCAUCUUUGCCCACCCUCUGCACCCACUGGAAUGGCCUUGCCAUCCGUUUCGUACCACAACUACACCUCUGGGCUCCCAGACGUCACACCAGGCACAAAGACAUCAGUAGAUCACAGUUAUUACCCCUAUCUGCACUGCCAAGCCAAACCCUCCUUCUAUGGCCACAGGUCGACCAACUGCCUCGCCCUGGACACUUUAAGUGAUGAACAGUUCCUGGAGUUCAUACUCUGAGAUCAUGAGUAAUAUGCCUAAAGUGUUCCUUCAUUUAGAGAGCAGCGGAGCUUGAGGCACUCUGACUGUGUUUUGUGUCGUGAGGGAUAUUUGUAUUUCAUAUUGGAGGAAAGAUAUGGAAAUUCUGCUAAGAUGUGAUUCCAGUGGUGGGGAAACUAAAAUGGUGAGAUUUCAACAAAUAAACUGCCCAUAUUUAUUCAUGAUGUUUAUUUUGUACAUAUUGCACUUGUUUUAUUGACAUGCAUUUAAAUCAUUUAUUAAAAACAUGGAUUUUUUUUUAAUUGUCUUUUGUAAAGACCACCAUAUGAACAUUUCCUUAAGUCUUUCUUAAAACUGCGUAUAAUUUCAUGUUUUUUUUUUUUUUUAAUCCAUCCAUUGCAACUGUACGUUUGACACUAACAGCCCACUAGCGUGGCUUUUUUAGUCUAAUAUUGUAAUCAAAUUUGAUGUUAGAACUUUUGUAUUUUUUUUUUAUCUUUUAUGAUAUGCUGUUUUGCAUAGAUUUUUGUCAGACUCCAUUCAUUCAAUCUUUAACAACCAUCUACAAAUGUGCAACAUUUAACCUUUCACAGUGCCUUAAGGCACUGCCUUAAUCCAAAGUUUCUCCAGUCUGUCCUGUUUUCUGUCUGCCAUAAUUGCAAGAAGAAUGUGCUAUUGGUGAAGCACUUUUUUUUUUAACCAGUACUUUAUCUUUCUUUUUUCUUUCUUUUUUUUUGUAUGGAUCCAAAGCAUUUUUGUAUUAUGUAACUCCUCCCAGAACAAAAAGCCUUUGUUGGUUUUCCCUCUCAAUUUUGUCACAACCUUGGUUAUUGGUACAAAGUGAAGUCUUUAGCUAAUAUGAGCCACUUUGAUUUAUGUUCUGUCAUGGAACACACACAUAUUUACAUAAUGCCAAAUUGUUAUUAAAAACUGCCUUGCAUUGCAAAAACUCUAAAUGUUAAAUUGUAAAAAGCACUAUUUUUUUUUAAUUCCAGUAAAAAUAAAAUACUCAUGGUAUGAAAUUA